AGAUUCGUUGUCAUUUGUUAAGCUUGUGGUCGAAAAAAUAAUAAUGUUCCGAACAUUGAUUUUCGCCAUCUUCGUUCUGGCUGUGCACUGCGCGCCAAUCGACUAUGAUUUUGAAAUAGUAGAAACGGAUUUCGCACCAGAGCACCAGAAAAAAAAGAAAUCUAGUUUUGGAAUUAGGACUUUUACUGGUCCUGUUACAAAGGCCGGAAAAGGAAUUACCGGUGGCGUCAGUAAAGUAGGCAGUAAAGCGACAAAUGGAGUCAAAUCUGUAGGAAGCAAGGUUCCGGGAAUGAAGAAGAAGAAGAAGACGAAAAAGACGGUAGCAAAAAAGACGGUAGCAAAGAAAGGAGGAAAGAAGACGGUAGCAAAGAAAGGAGGAAAGAAAGGAGGAAAGAAAGGAGGAAAGAAAUCAAAGAAAUCUAGCUUUGGAAUUAGCACUUUUACUGGUCCUGUCACAAAGGCCGGAAAAGGAAUUUCCGGUAGCGUUAGCAAAGUAGGCAGUAAAGCGACAAAUGGAGUCAAAUCUGCAGGAAGCAAGGUUCCGGGAAUGAAGAAGAAGAAGAAGACGGUAGCAAAGAAAGGAGGAAUGAAAUCAAAGAAAUCUAGCUUUGGAAUUAGCACUUUUACUGGUCCUGUCACAAAGGCCGGAAAAGGAAUUUCCGGUGGCGUCAGCAAAGUAGGCAGUAAAGCGACAAAUGGAGUCAAAUCUGCAGGAAGCAAUGUUCCGGGAAUCAAGAAGAAAAAGACGGUAGCAAAGAAGACAGUAGCAAAGAAGACGGUAUCAAAGAAAGGAGGAAAGAAGACGGUAGCAAAGAAAGGAGGAAAGAAGACGGUAGCAAAGAAAGGAGGAAAGAAAGGAGGAAAGAAAGGAGGAAAGAAAGGAGGAAAGAAAUCAAAGAAAUCUAGCUUUGGAAUUAGCACUUUUACUGGUCCUGUCACAAAGGCCGGAAAAGGAAUUUCCGGUGGUGUCAGCAAAGUAGGCAGUAAAGCGACAAAUGGAGUCAAAUCUGCAGGAAGCAAGGUUCCGGGAAUGAAGAAGAAGAAGAAGACGGUAGCAAAGAAAGGAGGAAAGAAAUCAAAGAAAUCUAGCUUUGGAAUUAGCACUUUUACUGGUCCUGUCACAAAGGCCGGAAAAGGAAUUACCGGUGGUGUCAGCAAAGUAGGCAGUAAAGCGACAAAUGGAGUCAAAUCUGCAGGAAGCAAUGUUCCGGGAAUCAAGAAGAAAAAGACGGUAGCAAAGAAAGGAGGAAAGAAGGGAGGAAAGAAAUCAAAGAAAUCUAGCUUUGGAAUUAGCACUUUUACUGGUCCUGUCACAAAGGCCGGAAAAGGAAUUUCCGGUGGUGUCAGCAAAGUAGGCAGUAAAGAGACAAAUGGAGUCAAAUCUGCAGGAAGCAAGGUUCCGGGAAUGAAGAAGAAGACGGUAGCAAAGAAAGGAGGAAAGAAAUCAAAGAAAUCUAGCUUUGGAAUUAGCACUUUUACUGGUCCUGUCACAAAGGCCGGAAAAGGAAUUUCCGGUGGUGUCAGCAAAGUAGGCAGUAAAGCGACAAAUGGAGUCAAAUCUGCAGGAAGCAAGGUUCCGGGAAUGAAGAAGAAGAAGAAGAAGACGGUAGCAAAGAAAGGAGGAAAGAAAUCAAAGAAAUCUAGCUUUGGAAUUAGUACUUUUACUGGUCCUGUCAGAAAGGCCGGAAAAGGAAUUUCCGGUGGUGUUAGCAAAGUAGGCAGUAAAGCGACAAAUGGAGUCAAAUCUGCAGGAAGCAAGGUUCCGGGAAUGAAGAAGAAGAAGACGGUAGCAAAGAAAGGAGGAAAGAAAUCAAAGAAAUCUAGCUUUGAAAUUAGUACUUUUACUGGUCCUGUCACAAAGGUCGGAAAAGGAAUUUCCGGUGGCGUCAGCAAAGUAGGCAGUAAAGCGACAAAUGGAGUCAAAUCUGCAGGAAGCAAGGUUCCGGGAAUGAAGAAGAAGAAAAAUACGGUAGCAAAGAAGACGGUAGCAAAGAAAGAAGGAAAGAAGACGGUAGCUAAGAAAGGAGGAAAGAAAGAAGGAAAGAAGAUGGUAGCAAAGAAAGGAGGAAAGAAAGGAGGAAGGAAAGGAGGAAAGAAAGGAGGAAAGAAAGGAGGAAAGAAAGGAGGAAAGAAAGGAGGAAAGAAAGGAGGAAAGAAAGGAGGAAAGAAAGGAGGAAAGAAAGGAGGAAAGAAAGGAGGAAAGAAAGGAGGAAAGAAAGGAGGAAAGAAAGGAGGAAAGAAAGGAGGAAAGAAAGGAGGAAAGAAAGGAGGAAAGAAAGGAGGAAAGAAAGGAGGAAAGAAGCAUUAA